UGUGUCUUUAAAGCGCAAUAGGGAAGCGAGUGUGUCCAAGAUCCAGCUCCUUCCCUGGAAGCGGAAUUCUGAAGCCAAACGGAUAAUCAUGAUUCCCAUCUGGAAGCUUUGGUUCAUCUCUGUUGCUGGAGCUGUGAGUCUUUCUGCCCAAGAUAACUGUCUGUUUGAGGCAGCCUCUCAUUUUUGGAACUGUUCUUCAAAGGCUUUCAAUGUGGUUCCACCUGAUUUAACAGAUGAUGUCUUGAGAUUAGAUCUGUCCUUUAAUAGGAUUGAGCAAGUAAGAAGAGUAGACCUGAAGUCUGCCAUCAACCUCCAAGUGCUUUUGCUCCAAUCUAACCUAAUCCAAACAAUAGAGGAAGAUGCCUUUCACACUCUUGUCAAGCUGGAGCAUUUGGAUUUAUCAAUGAACAAUCUGAUUCAUUUGUCACCUUCUUGGUUUGCAUCCCUUUCUUCCUUGCAGAAGUUGAACAUUAAAGGGAACAACUAUUCAGAACUUGGACAAACACCCUUGUUUUCCAGCCUAAAAAGUUUGAGAUUCCUGUACUUGGGAAAUGGUGAUCGCUUCUCUACUUUACAGAGACGAGACUUAGAAGGGAUUUCUUUUCUGGAAGCUCUGGAGAUAGAAGGACCAUACCUCAAUCAAUAUAAGCCAGGAAGUCUUCUAUCAAUAGAGCCCAUAAAUCACCUAAUUUUAAAUGCUCCCUCUGCUACCAUUUUGCCUUUGCUUAUACAUGACAUUAGAAAUUCUGUGGUAUGUCUUGAACUGCAAAAUAUUAAAAAGCUGAGCCCUCCAUACUAUCACUCACUUGAUGGAAUCACUGCACAAAAGCUUGUAUUUAGAAAUGUUGGGAUUUCAGAUAGGUCUGCUGUGCAUAUGUCACCCAUCCUGGCUUCUAUGAGUCAGCUACGUGACCUAGAGUUCACAGACUGUAGAUUGCAGGGCGUUGGUGACUUCAGUGGUAUUCAACUGUAUCCACGUACCUUACAAGUAAUAGCAAUCAGAAAUAUGUCUAUUGAGCGUUUUUAUUCAUUUACAGGGCUUACUUCUGUCAUUCCUCUGGUUGAGAGCAUUACCAGUCUUACAGUUGAAAAUUCAAAAGCUUUUCUGAUGAUCUGCCCAGUUGCAAAAAGUUUCCGCUCAGUGCAAUAUCUUGAUCUCAGUGUAAACCUGUUCCGAGAUGACGCUUUGCUACAGACAUUUUGCCUAGGAGCCUGGCCAAAGUUACAGACUUUAAAUUUGAGCCAAAAUUUUCUGAAACAGAUUGAGAUAGUAGCACAUAGUGCUGCACAGGUGAUAAAUCUUUCCAACUUGGAUAUAAGUCGAAAUAGCUUUCAGAACAUGCCAGACUUUUGUAAGUGGCCAAAAAAUCUGAAAUAUUUAAACAUCUCACGUUCUAAAGUAAACAUAGUCACAAGUUGUAUCCCCCAAAGCCUGGAGGUGCUGGAUGUUAGCAAUAAUAAUCUCCAAGACUUCAGACUGAGUCUUCCUCAUCUCCAAGAGCUUUACAUCCAAAACAACAAAUUGACCGCCCUUCCACUUGCUGCCUUUUUCCCUAGCCUAAGAAUCAUGAAUAUUAGAGGAAACAAAGUAUUUGGAUUCUCUGAGCAGGAACUGGAAAACUUUGCAAAUUUGGAGAUGUUGGAUGCACGUUACAACCGUUUCCAAUGUACAUGUGAAUUUCUCUCUUUCAUUCAAUCUCAAGCAGUGAAGUCUCAUAUCUUUGCGGACUGGCCAAAUAACUACAGUUGUGAUGCUCCAGAUUAUAUAGGAGGAGAGCAAGUGGCAGUUGCCCAACUACACGUAACAUAUUGUCACCAGACGUUAGUGGUUUCUUUAAUUUGUAUCUUGUUGCUCCUGAUCACCCUGGUGAUAGCAAUUCUUUGCUACAAGCUUCAUGCCAUCUGGUAUAUGAACAUGAUCUGGGCUUGGCUUCAAGCUAAACGGAAGCCCCCCAAAGCUCUUGUUAAAGAAACUGACUACGAUGCUUUUGUUUCCUACAGUGAACAGGACUCUGAGUGGGUGGAGAAUGUUAUGGUGAGGGAGCUGGAGCAAGCCAAUCCACCGUUCAAACUCUGUCUCCAUAAAAGGGAUUUUCUGCCUGGCAAAUGGAUUGUGGACAACAUUAUUGACUCCAUUGAGAGGAGUUCUAAAACUCUGUUUGUGUUGUCACAGCACUUUGUCCAGAGCGAGUGGUGCAAAUACGAACUUGAUUUCUCUCACUUCCGCCUUUUUGAUGAGAAUAACGACACUGUGAUUUUGAUUCUACUGGAGCCCAUUCCAACAGAAACAGUUCCCAGAAGGUUUUGCAAGCUGAGGAAACUGAUGAAUACCAAAACCUACCUUGAAUGGCCAAGUGAUGAAGAUCAGAAGAUAACAUUUUGGUUUAAUUUGAACAUUGCCAUGAAAUCCUAGGAACUGAUGUUGAAUUCUUUAUUGUAUGAGUGCUUGUUUCACUUUAUGCUUUAGCAUGAAGUUCUUUUGAGAACAUGCUGUCUCUGCUUUCUCAUCCCUUAGCUAAACAUGCAGUAUUUUUUUCUGGAACAUGUGUAGGUGCUGAACAAAUGCUAAAACUUAACAGUAUAGCGACACCGAUUAGAGAAGUAUGAAAUAUACAACUUCUCAACCAGUUAUCCAGUUCCUUUAGUUGUAAAUGCUUUGUAAUAUGCAAUAAUAUUCAAUGCAGACUUUAAAAUACUAACAUUCUAUCACAGCAGAAGAACAAGCAGAGUUAGAAACACAACAUACAGUAGAGUCUCGCUUAUCCAACUUUUACUCAUUCAGUGUUCUGUAAUAUCCAAAGCAGUCUGCCUCCCACCAGGAAUAAUGUUCAGGGUGGGCAAAAGAAAAAACCUUUGUCUAUUUUGGUGCUAAAUUCAUAAAUACAGUAAUUAAUACAUAACAUUACUGUGUAUUGAACUGCUUUUUCUGCCGAUUUGUUGUAAAACAUGAUGUUUUGGUGCUUAAUUUGUAAAAUCGUAAUGUAAAUUGAUGUUUAAUAGGCUUUUCCUUAAUCCCUCCUUAUUAUCCAACAUUUUUACUUAUCCAACAUUCUGCCGGCCGGUUUAUAUUGGAUAAACUAGACUCUA